AUGAGGAUCCACGCACUCGCCUCCGCGUCGCUGGCCAUCAUCGGCACCACAUCAGCCUUCAUCGACGACACGCGCGAUCUCAAGUGGAACACGCUGGAUGGCAAGAAGACGCAGCUCGUUGGGCACCGCGGCGAGAAGGCAUUCAUGCCCGAGCACUCUCUCGGCUCGUACUGGCAGGCCGCGCUCGAGGGCGCCGACUUCAUUGAGCCCGACCUGACUCUGACCAAGGACGGCCACCUGGUUGUCAACCACAACGAGUGGAUUGGCGACCUGACCAACGCCAAGGAGAUCCCUGAGCUGCAAAAGUACCGGCGCAACCUCACGUGGACCGACGACGACGGCACGUUCCAUGACAUCAAGAACGAGUACUUUAUCCACGACAUGACCCUGGAGGACAUCAAGAAGGUGCGCACACACCAGGCCAACAUGACGUUCCGCCCGCAGAUCUACAACGGCUACUUUGGGCUGCUGACUUUCGAGGAGUACCUGCAGACGAUCCGCGAGCUGACCGUCAAGCUGGGCCGUCCGUUCGGCGUCAUCCCCGAGCUCAAGUCGCCAAAGCUGUACAACACCAACCGCACCUACAGCCGCUACUUUGAGGACCGCGCCAUCAUUACGCUGAACCACUACGGCUGGGCCAAGAUCACCAAGAAGAUCAACACCGCGGCUCACAAGGACCUGAAGCUGGCGCCAGUCAAGCCGCUGCCGGCCGGCACCAAGGUCGGUCCCUCGGUCUGGCAGUGCUUUGACCAGGACACGGCAAAGUAUCUGUCCAGCCACACUGAUGUGCCUGUCGUUGCCCUGAACGAGAACACGCCUGCUUUCUUCACGCCCAAGGGUCUCGACCAGGUUGCCAAGUACGCCAAGAUCGUCUCACCGUGGAAGGACUUCUUUGUCACUGGCGCCGAGGCCUAUCUGAAGUCGCAGAACAUCACCUGGGAUCCUAAGGAGAUCAAGCGCCUUGGUGGCUUCAUCGCGCCCGACCAGCUGGCCAAGGAGAUCCACAAGCGCGGGAUGACGAUCUCGCCGUACACGUUCUACGACUCGCACCAGAACAUGCUGUACCUGUGCCAGGACCCAAGCAUCAAACCGGCCAGCCGCAGCGGAUUCUGCCCCAAGAACAAGACCGAGGAGUUCUUCUACUUCUUUGACCAGGGCAUGGACUACAUGUUUGUCGAGGACAUUGUCGAGGCAAACGUCCUGCGCAUCCUCUACGCCAACAAGCUGGAGAACCAGCAGCGCAAGGGCUACUAUGCUGCUUAA